AAUGUGGUGCGGUUCCUUGGCGGUGGUCUGCCUCCUCGCGCUGGGGCUUUCGGAGGCCCGCAAGGGAUUCGGGCCUGGAGAGCAGGACUGGGGUUACGUGGACGUCCGCGAGGGGGCGCACAUGUUCUACUGGCUCUUCUACACCACCGCCAACGUGAGCAGCUACACGGAGCGCCCGCUGGUCCUGUGGCUGCAGGGAGGACCCGGGGGCUCCUCCACUGCCCUGGGAAACUUCGAGGAACUCGGCCCUGUGGACAGGAAUGGUAAUCCACGCGAGGGUAACUUCGUGCAGCACGUCAAUGUGCUGUUCAUCGACAAUCCCGUGGGGGCGGGCUUCAGCUAUGCGGAUAACACCAGUCUGCUGGUGACCAACAACGAGCAGCUCAUCGACGAUCUCGUGACCUUCAUGCUGCACUUCUACAAGCUGCACAAGGAGUUCAAGGACGUGCCGCUGCACAUUUUCUCCGAAAGUUAUGGAGGAAAAAUGGUUCCCGCCCUGGCCAUCCGACUCGACGAGGCCAUGAAGUCCGGGGAGUUGGCUCAGCCGGGUACCCUUAAGUCUGUGACCAUUGGCAAUCCCUGGAUAUCGACUCGCUACAUUAGCCGGGAGCACUCCAAGUACUUGUUCGUCAACGGCCUGGUCGAUGAGGAUGGCGUGGUGCUGCUGGAUGCCCAGGAAGAGCGCAUCCUUAGUGCACUCAAGAGGCACGAGUUCAAUAACGCCACCGAGGAGUACAUGAAGUGGUACGAUCUGAUGCAGGAGCUGACUGGCAACACCUACCUGUACAACACACAGACCCACUUGGACCUUUCCGAGGACCGCACCUACGGAUACGGAUAUGAUUUCGUAUCCUUCAUGGGGGAGAACGUGAGUGAGGCCCUGCAAAUCAACGGCAGUGUCUUUGCGAUGCAGGUUAUAGAUGUGCUGACUAGUCUGCACGGAGAUCGUCUCAAGUCGGAUAUGAAUGCGAUUCCCCGUCUGCUGAAUGAAACCUCCGUCAAGGUGAAUUUAUAUUCCGGCCAGUUGGACACUCUGGUGCCCACCACAGCCACCCUGGCCUUGAUCAGGGACUGGGCCUGGACCGAUAAGUCGAAAUACCUCGAGGCCAAUCGCACUGCCAUCGUGGUCGAUGGCAAGCUGCAGGGUUUUGAAAAAAUUGGAGGCAAGUUCGGGAUGUACUGGAUCAACAGGUCGGGUCACUUGGCACCCGCCGAUAACCCAAUAGCCAUGCAAUACGUUCUCAAAUCUGUCACCCAGUAUGACAGCCAAACCUCCGAGUAGCUUAUUUUACUUAAGAUAUUAGUUUAAGAUUCCCCCAAAUAAACGAUCACAUUUUAUUCCGAUUUCUUGGAAUAGACAAGCUA